UCACACCGCGUUCUCUUUGUGCGCUCUUACCAUAGAUUCAACAGAAGUAUAAUUGUACGCUAUUUGGAGCUUCCGCGCAAGCGUAUAGAAGAACGGCGUACAGAGCGUUCGAGCCGAAUUUCCUGUCAAGUACACACCUCUUUCCAACAAAGAUGUCGUCUCCAUCGCUGGAGAAGUGUUAUUAAGUCACUGAGACGCGAAGUUGCAAUUCUCUGUGAGCAGCAGUUUGAAUCGUCGGCGGCGGAACGAUGGAGGACUUAUCCAUGGACGUCGAUGACGGUCAACUGGAUGACUUGGAAGAUCUACCGACUUCAAUCAUCGUCACCAACAUGGAGCCAGGCGUCUUUCGCAACCUGGAUUUGAGGAAUGAUUUCGAAUCGAUAUUCCGAAACUUCGACGGCGACGCAACAUUCCAAUACCUGAAGAGUUUCCGGAGGGUUCGUGUCAACUUUACCAGUUCUCAGGCCGCCGCAGAAGCUCGCAUCCAGUGUCACGAUCUGAAAUUCGGAGAGAACCGGCUCGCGUGCUAUUUCGCUCAGCAUGUUGACAAAGAGAACAACAAUGAUGAUCCGCACCUUCAGCCGCCCUUGCCGUACAAGCAGUUUCUGAUCUCACCCCCUGCGUCCCCACCCGUCGGAUGGGAACCCGUCGCAGAGGCUGAACCUACAAUCAAUUACGAUAUCCUCUCCGCCCUCGCGAACCUGGCACCAGGAGAAACUCAUGAGCUACACCCUCCUUCGGAAAAGCAUCCUGGAAUUAUAGUCCACGUGUGCGAGGAAGACGAAGAGGACGCGUUGAACACGGACCGCGCGCCGAAAAUAACUCAGACGUCGCGACCGCCUCUUCCUUGUGAACGAUAGAGAAGUGGUGGGGCAAUGUAGUGAUAGGCAUGCGGAGUGUUCAGUAAGUUGAUGUUGAGAGAAAUAUUCUAAGAGUUGUAGAUAUGGACCAAGACUCUCCCGAGGCGGAAGCCGGCCGUCUCCGAAUGUCACGCCCGCGGAAUCCCUUUUAUGGUUGAGACAAAUCUAGUUCAUUCUCUGGUGAAUUCAUUGUUGACGGCGUUUCGAUUUGGUGUCGAUCCUUCGCCCUGACGCUCAAAAAGGACCACGGACCGCUGUGGUCAGAGCCGUCUGGCCGCCACAGGAGAGAUCCCCUAGUCCGUUGGUUUUCACCGAACUGGAUGGUGAUAACAAGUUGUACAACCUACUAAGUUCCCCGAGAACCCUCCGCCGUCUUAGUCCAUUGUAUCCGUGGGAGCGAGGCGAUCAAUCGGAUGAGAACCUUACAAAAGAAUAAGAUAAAAAUAGUUAUACCUACUAGCAGGUGGAAGAACGUUCUAAUACGAAACUGGAACAGACAUACAAAUAGAUCAUGAAUAUUUGCCGACAUGAAAUGUAUACGCUUUGUUGAACAUUUAUCCGUUGGCUUCGAUGUCAGCGAUUCUUGGAUAUCCUAGAUGAUUGGCCGUUUUAUGAUUGAAAUAAAAUUAAUGAGUGCUAA